AAAAAUGUAGGAUAUUUAAUAAGCUCAUACUUCAAAGCUAGAAUAAGAAUCUGCCACUAGUGCAAAAAACCACUUAUCGUUGGUGAAUGUAUUAUCUAUUUUUACAUUGAAAAUAGAACAUUACUGAUUUAACUAAUGAACUUCUAUAAAACUAUAAAUAGGAUAUUGAUCAAUUGAAACAAGAAUUGCAUAUCAUGAAAUAAAGGAUAACUAAUAAUAAUGAAGAAAUUAAAAAUACAACUUAACCAACUUUAGAUGCUAUGUUAAGAGAUCUUAGAUAAGUAUUUUAUAUUAAAUUGAUUAGGCUAUCAACAUAUAAAAAGAUGAAAAUUCUAAAUUACAAUCAUAAUUAACAGAGUUAAAAAAAGAAAAAAGUCAGAUACAGUAAUUAAUAUUAGCUGCUACUUAAAAGAUGGUAGCCUUAGAAUAAUAAGUAGGAAAUUAUACAUCCUCAUGAUU